AAAAUAAUGUAUUAAAUAAAACAGUUUGUUGGGUUUUUAUGGCGUGUUCUGGUCGUAAAAAAGGAUUUAAAUGUUGUAGUGAUGUGACGAAAUGAAAUAAUUAUUGAUUUGUGAUUGUUAUAGUGUUAUUUUUAAUUGGUUGCAAUAUUUAGUUUAAAGGUCUUCUGAUGUCGAGCUACGGAAGCAUGUCUCCAUCUGAUGAAGGUUUCGAUCGAUACGAGCCUCCGUUCUACUGUCAGCCUAAUCAACAAGGUAGUCCCAUGGAUGGCGCGGUAUACUGGCCGGCUUCGAACGGGGAGACCCACGAGUUUGAUUCCCCGGAGAUGUACCAGGAGACACAUUACAUUGGAAGAAGUUAUGGAUAUGAAGACAUGCAGAUGAUGAACGAGCCGUAUGAUGCGUAUCAUCACCCCAUGCAUCAUAGUUAUCCACAAAAUAAUGCAGGUCUAGAUUGCGAUAUGCAACCACUCCCCCUCCGCUAUGACCGACCAGCGCCGCCCUCCUUCGUGAGGGUCGUGAAGCGGAGGACCACCGCCAACAAGAAGGAGAGAAGACGUACCCAGAGCAUCAACACGGCCUUCUCUGACCUGAGAGAUUGCAUACCCAACGUGCCGCCAGAUACCAAGUUAUCCAAGAUGGCGAGAAAGAGAUCGCAGAGCAUCAAUACUGCGUUCUCCAGCCUCAGGCAGCGAAUACCGAAUGUCCUGCCAGAUACUAAGAUGACAAAGAUCAAAACACUUCGGCUGGCAACCUCGUAUAUAUCAUACCUCCUGAAGGUGUUAGAGACUGAUGGAGAACCAGCAGGAGGAUUCAGAGCUGAGCUGCAUCACACUCCACCCAGAAGACGGACUGCAGACUCCAACAAUCAGGCACAGAAUGCAGCGGCAGAGAAGAAGAGUAAAGGCCGAACCGGAUGGCCGCAACACGUUUGGGCUCUAGAAUUGAAGACAGAACAAAACAUACAGACUUAAUUUAAAUAUCUUGUGUAUAUAAAUAUUG